AAUCAUUAGGAUACUGAACUGAGUGCAGAACUGUCUUACAUCCUGCCAUCUGCAGUCUUCCAGAAAAGAACAGGUCUCUUUUCAACCUCCUGUUUAGUCAGCAUAUUCCUCCUGAACUGAAGAAUAAAUGGGAUCUGAAAUGAAUUUAAUAGAACAUCAUCAGCUAGCCACUGCUGAUGGAUUUCCUCUUGCUGAAGGUCCUCAUUUGUUUGGUGUCCUUUCAGAACCAAUGAGUUCUCCAGUGCAAGAGGCAGAUGUGUCACCUUAUGCACAGUACAAUAAUGUGCCAUUUCCCCAAGUUCAGCCGCAGAUCUCAUCACCACCUUAUUACUCCAACCUAGGCUUCUACCCUCCACAGCAUGAGGAAUGGUAUUCCCCUGGGAUGUAUGAACUCAGGAGGUUACCCUCAGAGACAUUUUUCACAAGGGAGACAGAGAUAAUGGAUAUCCCUGCAGCCAAAAAGCCUAGAGUGGGUCACUCCACGGGAAGAGUGAAAGGAGAAGAGCUCUGUGUGGUCUGCGGUGACAAAGCCUCUGGGUAUCACUAUAAUGCCCUUACUUGUGAAGGAUGCAAAGGAUUUUUCAGAAGAAGCAUCACAAAAAAUGCAGUAUACAAGUGUAAAAAUGGAGGCAACUGCGAGAUGGACAUGUACAUGAGGAGAAAAUGCCAGGAGUGCCGUCUAAGGAAAUGCAAGCAGAUGGGCAUGUUGGCUGAAUGUCUCUUAACAGAGAUACAGUGCAAAUCAAAAAGGUUACGGAAAAAUGUGAAGCAGCCCCCAGAUCAGACAGUCAAUGAAGACAAUGAAGGCCAUGAUGUGAAACAAGUAACUUCUACAACUAAAAUAUAUAGGGAGAAGAUAGAAUUUACCCCAGAACAGCAGAAACUUCUUGAUUAUAUUAUGGAUUCAUACAGUAAACAACAAAUACCCCAGGAGGUGUCAAAAAAAUUGUUGAACGAGGAAUUCAGUGCUGAAGGAAAUUUUCUGAUUUUAACAGAAAUGGCUACCAGUCAUGUGCAGGUUCUUGUGGAAUUCACUAAAAAACUACCAGGCUUCCAAACCCUGGAUCAUGAAGACCAGAUUGCUUUGCUGAAGGGCUCAGCAGUAGAAGCCAUGUUCCUUCGUUCAGCUGAGAUCUUCAGCAGGAAACUUCCUACAGGACACACUGUCCUUUUAGAAGAAAGAAUUCGCAAUAGUGGUAUCUCAGAUGAAUUCAUAACUCCCAUGUUUAAUUUUUAUAAAAGUAUUGGAGAGCUGAAGAUGACACAGGAAGAAUAUGCACUGCUCACAGCCAUAGUUAUCCUGUCUCCAGAUCGACAAUACAUAAAGGACAGAGAUUCUGUGGAAAGGCUUCAAGAACCACUGCUGGAUAUUCUACACAAAGUCUGCAAACUUCACCACCCAGAUAACCCUCAACACUUUGCAUGUCUUCUGGGUCGUCUCACAGAAUUACGGACAUUUAACCAUCAUCAUGCAGAGAUGCUGAUGUCGUGGAGAGUGAAUGACCACAAAUUCACACCUCUUCUCUGUGAGAUUUGGGAUGUACAGUGAUGGAUUCUUUUUAAAAAUUAUUAUUAUUAUUUUAAGAGAAAUAUCUUUUACAGGACCACAUAGCACUUAUUUUCACAGAAAAGUAGCCCACAAUGCAUUAUAUUUUCUUUACUGCAUUUUUAUAGAAACAUGCAAUGGAUUCAUAAAAGUCGUUUUGUUCAUUAUGCACAGAAUAUUGUAUAGCUCUCAGAUCCUCAACGUGAAUAUAACUUUUUCUGUAUUUAUACCCUCUGAUCAGAAAGAGCCCACCAGCUCUUCAGAGGAAUCCAAUUAAUUCCUGCUGCAAUUAAGCUCAUUGCAGUUACUGUUUCUCU